UCUGCCAGAUCAUCAUAACAAGCCGGAUUCAGCGUAGAGGUGUAGAACCAGCGCAGGUUUCGGAACCGCUGGGAGGCUGUGAUGCCCUGAAACCCACCGAGAGGAAGGUUUGGUUCUGGGUCCGCUGAUGAGAACCAGGAGGGAGGGAGAUGGGACUCAUCUCAGCCGCUCGCUUCGCUCCGUAUCACCGUGAAGAAAGCUUCGCUCGCUUACCUGGAGCCUGCAGCUCGGAGCCUUUGAAUUAAACUUCAGGCUGAAGCGAGCGGACCUGUCCUGUCCUCAGCUCUGAUCUUUCCUUCUGGACGUGAGGAUAUGAGAGGCUCCAGGAGGCGCUGAUGGAGCUGCAGGAGUUGGGCUGGCUCUGUAUGGUGGCUCUCUUCCUUACCUCCUUGCUCAUAGUGCUGGGAUGGCUGCUCCAGUACUCGCUGACUGUGCUGCGCAUCUGGAAAUCCAGGAAGGUUUCCAAGCAAUUUGGUGGAGAGACGGUUUGGCUGCAGCAGCAGAAUGCAUUCUUCUCUCAGCUCCAACAGAUUCAGGCUGGAAGCGUUUGGGGCUACCUGCUGAUGAAGCUGCGCUCCAGAAAGGGUGGAGGAGCUGCAUCUGAAGCUGGGGUUAAAGGCCUGCUGACCUCGCUGUUCUCCUUUAAGCCCUUCAGGGAGCAAUGGCAAAGAACCUGGGUGAAGGCUCUGAACGAGCAAGCAUGUCGGCAUGGGAGUUCCCUCCAGAUAACUUUUGACAGCAGUCUCCAGUUAACCGCUGGCUCUGGAAUAGAUAGCGUGACCUGCACUGACCAGUCAGCCAACAAGAUGGUUUUACACUGCAAAUGCUGGGUGGACAGGCUGACGUUUCCUGUGACUGUGACCCAGCAGUCACCCGCUGCUGUUUCCAUGGAUACGUAUCAGAUCACUACUGCACCCAUGAUGGCCAAGGUAAAAGUGUCCCUGGAGGAAGUGGAGGAUGAGGGGUUGCUGAUAUCCUGGUCUCUUUCAAAACAGCCAUCAUUUUCUCUUACCGUGUCCCCAUGUAAACUGCAGAGACAGGGGCCCGGUGCUGGAGCAGACCUGGACAUGAUCAAAGGAAUGGUUGAAGACAGUCUCUUCAGUGCCCAGCCGGCAAUGGUUCUCAACCUCAAGGCUUCUGUAUCUCCUAGUUCGUCCCCAAUGGACCACCUCUCAGUGGGAACCAGCUCCACAUCCCAUGGAUUCUUAGUGAGGCGCCUCCUUCUCCAGCAGCUCAGGGUGACCUUAAAUAAAGGCCUGUGGUCCAGAGCAGGGGAGCUCUGCUGUGUUGUGAGCCUGGACCAGCCCUCGGCAGAGAGGAGAACCAGCUUCUUGCCUGUGCCCAGCAACCUCAAUGCUGCACUGGAAUGGAGCGAAGACAUUACUGUGGAGCUGGGUCCAGAAACCAAAGAGCUCAGAAUCAGGCUUUUGGAGCGGAGUGAAUCAAGUGAACAAUUUCAUAUGGGACAUGCCUCCAUUGCCCUGAACGUUCGGUCUAAAAUCCCAACUGGGCAACAUGUUCUGAACCUAAGCCCUGGCCCUGGCUUAGCCCCACAUGCUACCAUCAGCACAGAGCUGCUGUAUGUACAAACCGAGGACCCUCGCAGUUCCCAGAAUGCUUUGCCUAUUCGCUCCUCUUUGACCCCCACAAAGAAGGUCGACGUGGAUCGAACAGUCAUGCCAGAUGGCACCAUUGUCACCACCGUCACCACAGUCCAGUCACGAGUGAAGCUUGAUCACAGCCCAGGUGAUUCCCCGCUGCGCUCACCCUCCAAAGUGGAGGUAAAUGAAAAGAAAGCAGCUGUGUUAGCUGAUGAGAAGGGCAGCAGCAGUCCCAACCUGAGCAAGAGCAGUCGCCUGUCUAAUGGCCUGGAUCCUGUUGCAGAGACGGCGAUUCGACAGCUGACAGAGUCUGCAUCCAAAGCGGCACGAAAGACACCCACCAAAAGGAGCACGCUAAUCAUCUCUGGCGUGUCAAAGGUUCCUCUCACUGAGGACAGCUGUGCACUAUCAACUGGCUACGCAGCCGCCAUGGAUGCCAUGCAUGGCAACCACAUCAGGGCGGGGCAUCAUCAGGACCCAGAUGAAACCACACCCUCUGAUGCAUCGGAGCGCCCCUCUGUGGAUGAUGUGGAGUCUGAUACUGGUUCUGCUGGUGCCUUGGAGACCCGCAGCCUGAAGGACCAUAAGGUGGGCUUCCUCCAGAGCGGCUCCAAGUUGUUGUUCCGCAGACGAAACAGAGAGAAGGAGCCCUGCCUCAGCCAGUCCCAUGAGGACAUCUCCAACAUGGGCAAUAACUUCACGGCCCCAGCCACAGGCACAAUACGCAAAAAGUCCGGCAGUUUCUCCCGCCGCAUCAUCAAACGUUUCUCUUUCCGCUCGUCUGGUAAAUCGAAAGGCAAGGCUGCUGCCACCAAUGGAGGAGCUGGCUCUGUUGAUAACUGAUUAUCACAGGAGCAAUUCAUGGGAUCAUUGAAGGGUCGGAUCAGUUUUUAACCCCAGUGGGUUUCGGAUCAUUUCCUGUGUGGGGAAUUGUUCUGGAAGGGAAACUCUUUAAAAUGAAUCAAAAAUUUUAAAACAGAAAUAUAAAAGGGGUUGGGGAACUCUGUUUUCUUUGAGGAGAAAUCUGCGGUUCGGAAAGAACUAAACGAAACGUAAUGCUGUAUUUUUUUUUUUUUUUUACGCAAACUAAACGUUGGAUGAAGACGGGUGGUGGGAAUACUCUAAAACUGUAAUUAUGUAGAAAAAAUAACAGUGUGACAUAACUGGAUGCACUUUGGACUGAGAUUUCCUUUCUUUUUAAUGGCACAUGUCAAAUUUUGAAGGUUGUAAAAAAAAUAAUUUAUUAUUAUGUGUGAUUCAUGAAAUGUGCUAUUUAUUUUAUCCUGCCAAAACCAAGUCAUUCUAGCUGCAUUCCUCUGUAAAAUGAAUACCUGGAUGUGCUUUUCUAUGCAAAUUUCAUUUUAAAUACAAUACUUAGAAAAAUUACCAGGAAUCUAUCUCAGUUGAACUCUGCUGUGUGUUCGUAUCUGCUUAAAACAAUCUGGUUUCAUGUUUUAUCUUAUACCCUAAAUCAAAAAACAUGUAGUAUUUAUAUAAUAUUUGUGUUAUGAAGUUGUUUUCUGUGGAAAACCAUGUAUUAGAUUUUUUUGUUGGUGCAGCCAAACCUUUCCUGCUGGAUAAUAAUUGAUUUAACUCUAGAUCUAAGUAAAAAAAAAAAGGAAAAAAAAUUAACCUGGUCAAGUUUUAUUCAGCUGAUUCACAAAAAGGACUUCCUUACUGUAAAUACUUUCAGCACUGUGCAGCAACGCUAAAUUCUUUGUGUUAAACGACUCUCAGCACGACAAUAAUCCUUUACAGAUAACUAAUUUGGACCUUUAAAUGCAUUUAUGAGUGUGCAUACUGCAAAAGCGGAACUAAAAGUUUCUUAAAAUAAAUGUAUUUGCACUUUAUUUGAGUAGCUAAGCAAAAUGAACAUUUUCCCUUAAAGUGAGAAAAGAAAACCUCUCCAUUAUCUUAUCUCCAGUGCAAUUUGUAUAGUUAUCUUCUAGUGCCAAAAUACUCAUUAUAUUGGUAGAUAAUGUGACUUAGAUGCUCAAAUGGAGGGCAAAUACAGCUAUUUCUCUAGGGUUUUCGCUGCGGUUUUAGUGAGGACAUUUAACAGGAGUUGUUAGUGCUCUCUAGGUCUCUCUUAUAUUGGUUGUUCUUUUGUUACAAGCCAGCCUUUUAAACACGGUCUGUUGAAGUUUUAAGUAGGUUUAAUAUUUGGACCACUCCAGAUGCUUUAUAGUUCAGCAACCAGUUAUGCAUUUAUCUCAUAAAGCGCUUAAGUUGAAGUACCAACCAAAUAGUCCCACAGCAUGAUCGUACCACCACUGUGCUUGACAGGUAGUGGUGUUUUUUUUGUUUUGUUUUUUUUUUGCAAUUAAAAGCCUCACUUUGAAUCAAAAAGAUACUUCCCCAUCAUGGAUUGUAGGUAGCUCUUUCUUUUUCCGUCUUUAAUCCCUAAAAUAAUUCUGUCUGCCUAGAUAGAAAUUAAUAUCUAUGGAGUUUUAAGUCAUUUUGAAUCAGAGUUUUUUUUUUUUUUUUUUUUUCAUGUUGGGCCAACUCUGUUGGUCCACAUUCUCCUAAAUAACUCCGAUGCUGUGGAUAUUCUAUGAUAGGCCUGAAUCUUUGUGGUCCCUGGGUUGGUUUUAACAUCCUAAAGCUGAUUCUUUUUUUUCUAUAUAUGUAUUUAUAAGUACAUUUUUUUUGUGGUCAUGCUGUUUAAUGCAGGGGACAGUUAGAUGUUUUUACAGGCAAACAAAAACUGAUUUAAAACUGAAUAAAGCAGAUUGAUAAACACUUUUUGGACACUACCAACUCCAACUAUCUGUAAUUAGUAGAACUGUGAGUAAAAGCCAUGCAUGUAACAAAUCCAACCGAUUAAUGACAGAAGUAGUUUUUAAAAAUGUCCAAAUUUCUUCCAGAAGCUUUUUAAGGCUAUAAAGGUUGGAUGGAAACAUCUAAUCAAAUAUUAGUAAAAAUGGCCCUAUACAGUCUGUUUUUUCCCCAUGCAAAAUUAGACAAAUUCUACAAUUUCCAGUUUCCGCCCUGUUCUUAUGAAUCAUCACCUCUUUGCUGCAUCAUUCCACCACGAAAGAAAGCAUGCAUCAAAUCCAUUGUUAGAAGAUACAGGAAACUUUAAAUCUUCAUGGUGAUUGUAUAUAAACUUUAGAUCAACAGUAAGAAUACAUUUAAUUUUUCUCAUUAAAGCUUUCAGAGUCGCUCAGCUCAGGCAAAAUUUUAAAUGUCUGUGUGGAGCAAAAGAAACUGCACUCAGGGCGUGAAAUAUCAGUAAUGUUUUAUUAGCAUAUGAUUAAAACUGCUGCACCAAUAAAGGACUAAUUGGAUCAAUGUAUGAAAAUAAGUGUUUUUAGCAAUUUGUGGGAACAUUUUUUUGCAGUGACUGCAAUAAGAGAAGAAACUGAAAAGAUUUAAUCUUCAGGGAGUUUUGUCAGGUAAAUAUGAAAGGAUCCCAAAGAUGGAGACACCGCUGUCUUGAAAACCUGCUAUAAAACAGGAACUACGGUAUAACAGAAUUGAAAUGCUUUAAGGCAGAAAUAAGCCACUCAAUGCAUUCUGCAAGGCUGUUCAUCUCAGUGUGACUUUUAUGUAAAGCAGUUGGUGCAGAUUUUAGGAUACCUAUGAACUCUAUCAUACUUUGGAAAUAUAAUUU